CCAGAUCGGUAGUAUCGCAGUACGUACUGCUUCAUACGAUUAGUAAAGGAAAGUUGAAAGGUUAUCGUUUCAUCACGUUCUCAGCUGAUCGGGCAUACAACGUAGUUAUUAGAUGAUUGGAUAUCGAACACAUAUUUGAAUGGGGAUGUUGGACACAUUGAAAUUCUUCCUCUUCGUCGUACUGCUGCUAAUCACAAUCAUUCUGAAUCAGAAUGUAACAUCAAAGAAAUCAGGCGAACGGGACCUUAGCCAAUUCUGGCGCAUUGAAAAUGCAAAUAGAACUCUCAAAAUGGAGAACCAAUCCGUUCCUUCGGGAAUAUACAGCGCACUGGAGCAAGCAUUGAUAAUCGAAUCGGUACUCGAUUUCAAAAAUGACCUAACCACAAAAUGGAUUGCUCAAGAUAACUGGACCUACUCUUCAGUGUUGCCGUGUAACGUGGAUGAACUCAACUUUACGAACGUAGUUUUAACCUUGCACGGCGUGGAUACGUUUUCUGAAGUCUAUCUCAACGAUAAGUUGUUAGGCGAAACAAGCAAUAUGUUCGUUCGUUACAGAUUCAAUGUUAAAUCGAUACUCCGGAACGAGUGUAAAAAUGGCAUUGAGCUCCGUAUUUCUAUACGGUCUCCGGUUACGGAAGCUUCCUUAAUAGCGGCCAACUACAGUCAUUUGAAAGUGGUUCCGGAAUGUCCCCCAGCGAGGUACAACGGAGAAUGUCACGUCAACAUGAUCCGGAAGAUGCAAGCUAGUUUCGCUUGGGAUUGGGGCCUGGCAGUUCCAUCCAUGGGAAUUUGGAAACCGGUACGGGUGGAAUAUUACGAUUCAGCCAAAAUUCGUGAUAUCACUUUUGCUCUAUUUGAUGAGGAAACGCAUUGGAGGGUACUCGUUGGAGUUUACUUAGAAACGGGCACAACCAGUCGGAGGCUUCAAGGAACUUUGAUGUUCAAAAUAUUGGGCGUUGAAAUAGGGAAUGAACAUAUAAUCAACGUGGAAAAGCAAAGUGACACAUCCGGAGAGCUUUUUGUAGAGCAUACGUUGACAAUCAAUAAAACGGCGGUGGAGCUCUGGUGGCCUAAUGGCUACGGUCGACAGAGGCUCUACAAUCUCUACGUGAAGUGGGAGGAUAAUAUGAUCAAUAGCAUUCAACUACACGACCGUGAAACGAUGAUUGCCGAGAAGGUCAUCCGAAUUGGUUUCCGAAACAUCAAGCUUAGCCAAGAGCGAACCUCAGAUGGUUUAAUGUUCUAUUUCAUAGUUAACGAUGUGCCGAUGUUUAUGAAAGGAUCAAAUUGGAUACCUUCGUCGGUACUACCGGAAAGUUCAUACGAUGAAAAUUAUGUCAAAUUUCUGCUGUAUGCUGCUCGUGACGCUAACAUGAACAUGCUUCGAGUCUGGGGUGGUGGUGUAUACGAAAGCAAUUACUUCUACCAACUGGCCGACGAACUAGGUAUUCUCAUUUGGCACGAUAUGAUGUUUGCUUGCUCCAUGUACCCGGCAGAUGAUAGUUUCCUGGCAAAUGUAAAGGUCGAAGUCAACCAGAAUGUUCGGCGAAUUCAGUACCAUCCAAGUAUAGCAAUCUGGGCAACGAACAACGAAAAUGAGGUAGCAUUACGACAAAACUGGUACGGAACUGAUGCCAGUAAGGACCUGUACGAAGCAGAGUAUAAAAAACUGUACGUCAGUGUAGUGCAGCCUAAGAUUGCAAAAGUCGACAAAUGGCGAACAGUCCUAAUAUCUUCACCAUCAAACGGUGAUCAAUCGAUAAAAGAUGGCUACUUUUCUAAAAACCCGCAAGAUCCUCACUACGGCGAUGUUCAUUAUUACAAUUAUAUUCAAAACGGUUGGAAUCCGAUCAUCUACAGAGGAGGACGAUUUAUUUCAGAAUACGGUUUCCAGUCCUUCCCAGCGCUGACAAGUUGGCCCGUACGGGAUCUCAGGAAUGAUGAACUAACAGAUUUGAUCGAACACCGUCAACAUAGUCCGUUGGGAAAUAUACCAAUCCUGCAUAUGAUUAAUGAGAAUUUGCCCAUGCCAGCCAAUGAUUCAGCUAAUUACUGGCGAGACAUCAUAUACCUUAGUCAGGUAUCUCAAGCUAUGAUCGUUAAAACGGAAACUGAAGUUUAUCGAUCGAAACGAAUCGAGUAUGGAACAAUGGGUGCACUUUACUGGCAGCUGAACGAUGUAUGGAUCGCCCCUUCCUGGUCUAGUAUAGAGUAUGGUGGCAAGUAUAAAAUCCUUCAAUAUUGGAUAAAGGACGUCUUUGCUCAAAAUCAUGUUGUAGCGUAUAUUAACGCAAUGAAUAAACUAGAUUUGUACUUAGUUCGAGAUACGCUAGGAUCCGAUGAAGAAUGGUCAGUUGAAGUGAAUAUUCACCAAUGGAAUAAGUUUAUGCGCGUUGGCAACAUCUCAUUCCACUCAAGAAAAGUUCCGCAAAAUACUGUCGUACGGAUAGGAUCGUAUGAUAUAUAUGAUCACCUGCGGCAAAACAAACUCGAUGCCAAUGAUCACCUUCUUCUCGUCAACCUAUAUCGCGAUGGAAAAAAGAUAGCUGACAAUUUUGUACUUCUAGGCAAAAUCAAAAACGCAGUUCAAAUGAUGGAACCCACAGUGAAACUCACUAUCGCUGCGGUCAGUUGUAAUGUAGCCAAUAAUGUGAUGCAAGUUAGUCUGGAAGUGGCCAUCAGUUCGCCAGCAGUAUUUUUAUACAUGGAACUGACGCCGGAAAACAGUUCACUUAAACAGUGUCAAUUUUCGAAGAACGGUUUCUUGCAGUUUACGCCUAUACAGACGGUUCACCUGAAAUGUGUGGACAUAGGGUGCAAGUCUAAAUUACAAAGUAACGACAUUAAUGUAUUGACGGUGAACGAGCUGCUACAGCGACGUGCAGAUUAGUUUUAGGUUGACAGUAAAAAUAUAUUUAUCGUAAA